UGUCCUUCUUCUCGUUUCUCAGUGAGCUAAACUGAGAGAUUAAAAGUUGGUUCUGCUUCUCGAGCUCCUCGCAUUUCUUCUGAAACCUGAGGAGCAUCCUACGCCUCCUCUCGCUGACUCCAGGAGGAGCCGGGACGUGACCUUAAAUCCUCCAGGCUCCGGAGCUGAACUCCCCCUGCAGACCCAGCGGCGGAAUGACAAAAGACAAGCCGAGCAAACAGGUGUCAGAGGCCAGGCCACAAGCUCUCAAGUCUCCCAGGAUGCCCAAGUGCUCCCGCUGCAGGAACCAUGGCUUCGUGUCUCCUCUGAAGGGACACAAGCGUUUCUGCAACUGGCGGGAGUGUGUGUGUGCUAAAUGUAAGCUGAUAGCGGAACGUCAACGCGUGAUGGCUGCGCAGGUAGCUUUGAGGAGACAGCAGGCCCAGGAGGAGGAACUGGGGAUCUGUAGUCCUUUGGCUCUCUCGGCUUCUGAGAUGAUGAUUAAGACCGAAUCGGGUCCAGAAUGUACGUUUUCUGUGGAAGGACGUUCCAGCAACAUUCCUGGCCCAUCUACAGCUGUGGCUGGGAGUCACGCCUCGUCCAGUCCGUCAGCUGUUUCCAGAAGUCUCACCGAAGGAGCGUCUGACCUGCUGCUGGAGACCUAUUACAACUUCUACCAGCCGCCACGAUACUCUCCCUACUACGGAAACCUCUACGACUACCACCAGUACCCGCAGAUGUCCCAUGGAGACGGGUGCCUGUCUGGACACAGCAUGACGUCCCAGUACCGGAUGCACCCGUACCACCCAGGACACGCCUACCUGACCCAGGGGCUGGCCUCCCCCACCUGUGUGCCUCCUUUCAGCCUGAAUGACAACAGCUUCGCUGAGACUAUGGGUCCCUCCUUCUCCAGCACUCACAUUCAGUCCACGAGUGGCCACCCUAGCAGCUCCCUGGUUUCCCCUGACCUGAGGGCCGAGUGUGAAGCUGACAGCCAGACGGCCAACUUCCCCGUCGACGGCGACUGUAGCAAGUAGAAGAUGGGAUGGCGUCGGGUUUGGGUUUGAGCCAAAAACUCGACCAGCUUCACUUUGAAUGUUGCUGCAGGUUUUUGUUCCAGACGUUUGUUUGAUUCUGCAGCCGGCAGGUUGGUUACGACCCGUUACGGCCUCCCAUGAUUUAGUCAAACUGUUCAUGUUUGAUUUAGGGAAUCAUUAUCUAAUGUUUCUAAUCUUUUUAUGAAUCUAAACUUGAUUAAAUGACUAAAACUAGAACAAUUCUGUUCAUCAAAUCUAUAAAAUCAUUAUACAACUUUCAGAUUUUAAAUGUUCGUGUUUAACGUUUGUGCAGAAAAAUUUUUAAGAGGUGAAAUUUCUCCUUUUUUCCUUGACUUCAGUAUUUUUUUAUUUGUGUUGAUUUCAUUCGCCAUCCUCUAACUUUAUACGUUGUUGAACAAAAACAUAAUUAAUGUUAAAACUUUUAGUUUUAAGUGUUAAAUUUUGGGCCUUUUAGCCUCCGGAUAUGCCAGCUCGGUCACAUGAUCUGCUUUAAUUCCAGAAACAACUUCCUGUGGGUUCCCAAACGACGCUCAAAACAAAUGCCGCCGGCUGAUGUGCUUAACGCACCUUCACCCAAAAACAGUCAAACACUUUAGAUGAAAUCUCUUAAAUUCAUUUGAGUUUUCCACCAACAACAAACAUGAAUGUUGAUAAAUAAAAAUACGGAACGGCUGGAAGUUCACAAUGAACAAAACUUUAUUUUGAAAAUUUCCAAGCCGGAAAAGAUAAAAAGACUAAAACGGCUGAAUGUGAUUCCGGUUUGUUCUUGUUUGGAAGAACUCCCGAUUCUUCAUGCUGUUGUUUAUUCCAGAUUAUUUUCAUUUCUGUUGUUUACUGAUCCUCGCACACAUUUAGAGUCGACCUGACGUCCUUCUGUCGUUUAUGAUGAAAAGGAGCUGAAACGCCUUUGGGUCCCAGAGGGAGACUCCUGUCUGGAGUUUUAUUUGUAGUUCCUGAUGUUUUAUAAAUCAAACAAAUAAAAGAUUGAUCAGACACGAAAGCUUUCCUGUAAUCCUUCUAUCCUUUAAUGACGUCCACGCUCUGGGUUCGGCUGCAAAAACAGAAAAGUUGAGAACAUUUCCUGCCUGGUUUGGUGUUUCAGCAGAAACAUUCCUCUGCUGGUGUUUAUGUGUUGGAAUAAAGCCGCAACAGCAGCGGUUCGGAGCUCCGGAGUUUAUGUGGUUACAAGUUUUAGGGAAAUAAAAGCGCUGAGGAGUGAUGGAGUGUGAAUGUUGUGCUGCGAACAACAAAAUAAAGCAGACAGAGAGAAUUACUUGUUUUCUUUCUGCUGCCCUGUUGGAACAUUCAUUGGACUCGGCCCCAUCUGUUGUAAUCAAUAACGCGACCAUCUUGUUUUUUUAUGAAACGCACUUACUCUUAAUUUCAUCCCCCAGUGGUUUUAGAGAGAAGAAUGUGGAGUUACCUAUACGGCUUUGACAUUAUAAAUCACCUCCUGAGAGCAGAUUGCGCGGCCGUAUCGAUUGAUCCUGAUAUAUCACA